AUGGCUGCUCCUAUCGCGCUCCUCUCCGUCUACGACAAGGACGGCCUGUUGCCUUUCGCAAAGUCGCUCAAGGAGCUCGGUUUCCGCCUCCUUGGCUCGGGUGGCACGGCCCGCCUUAUCCGCGAGAACGGUCUUGAGAUUGAGGAUGUGAGCUCGAUCACUAACGCGCCCGAGAUGCUUGGUGGCCGUGUCAAGACCCUCCACCCGGCUGUGCAUGGCGGAAUCCUCGCCCGCUCAAUCGAGAGUGACGAGAAGGACCUUGCCGAGAAUGGCAUCAACAAAAUCACCAUGGUCGUGUGUAACCUCUACCCCUUUGUCAUGCAGACGGCCAAGCCCGACUGCACCCUCGCCGGAGCGAUUGAGGAGAUUGACAUUGGCGGAGUGACGCUCCUGCGCGCAGCGGCCAAGAACCACGAGCGCACUGCCAUUGUCUGCAGCCCUUCCGACUACGACGCUGUUAUCGCCGAGUGGAAGGCUAAGGGUCAAGUCUCGCCCGAGACUCGCCGCGGUCUGGCCCUCAAGGCAUUCGAGGCUACCAAGAGCUACGACGAGGCGAUUGCCGACUACUUCCGCAAGAUGUAUUCGUCGACCGACUCUGACGCCGCUCUCAAGGCCGCCGCCGGUGUCGACUACCAGCGCAUUCCCCUGCGUUACGGCGCCAACCCCCACCAGAAGCCAGCCCAGGCCUUUGUCGAGACUGGCGAAAUGCCCGUCAAGGCUCUCUGCGGCUCGCCGGGUUACAUCAACCUCCUCGACGCACUCAACUCGUGGGCCCUCGUCAAGGAACUCUCGGAGGGUCUGGGCCUCCCCGCCGCCGCGUCGUUCAAGCACGUCUCGCCCGCCGGUGCCGCCGUCGGUGUCCCCCUCUCCGAGGUCGAGGCCAAGGUGUUUGGUGUUGACGACCUCAAGGACCUCUCGCCCCUUGCCACCGCCUACGCACGUGCCCGUGGCGCUGACCGCAUGUCGUCGUUUGGCGACUUCCUCGCCCUCUCGCACCCCUGUGACGUCGCCACGGCCAAGAUCAUCAGCCGUGAGGUUUCGGACGGUGUCAUUGCCCCCGGCUACGAGCCCGAGGCCUUCGAGAUUCUCAAGAAGAAGAAGGGCGGCAAGUACUGCGUCCUCCAGAUGGACCCCAACUACGUCCCUGGUGACAUCGAGACUCGUCAAGUCUAUGGCGUGUCGGUGCAGCAGAAGCGCAACGACGCCAAGAUUGAUGCGUCGCUUUUCACCAACAUUGUCUCGCAGAACAAGGACAUGCCCUCCAACGCCGUGACCGACCUGAUCGUCGCCACCCUCGCGCUCAAGUACACCCAGUCCAACUCGGUGUGCUACGCCCUCAACGGUGCUGUCAUCGGCCUCGGCGCUGGCCAGCAGUCGCGUAUCCACUGCACCCGUCUGGCCGGUGACAAGGCCGACAACUGGUGGCUCCGCCACCACCCUCGUGUCCUCGCCCUCCCCUUCAAGAAGGGCACCAAGCGCGCCGACAAGGCCAACGCCAUCGACCUCUUUGUCACUGGUGAGGCCUUUGUCGCGUCGCCCCAGGAGCGCGCACAGUGGGAGUCACUCUUUGACGAGGCUCCCAAGCCCCUCACCGACGACGAGAAGAAGAGCCACUUUGCCAACUUUAAGAAUGUCUCCAUUGCCUCGGACGCCUUCUUCCCCUUCUCGGACAAUGUGCACCGCGCCCACCGCUCGGGCGCCCAGUACAUUGGCGCGCCGUCGGGCUCGAUCAUGGACGCCGAGUGCGUCAAGACUGCCGACGAGUACGGCAUGGUGUACGCCCACACCAACCUGCGUCUGUUCCACCACUAA